AAGACCCAAAGUUUAUUCAGUGCAUUUUGCUGAAUCAUUUUACCCUGAGGAUAUUUUUUUUUCUCUCUCUCUCUCUUUUCAACAGGGAACUGUUUCAUGUGAAUCACGACUAAGUUUAACGUGCGUAACUGAUUUGAGAAGCAUCUGAUGUGUUCCCUUUGUAGCCAGUCUUCCAUGAUUUCACUGACGCGCUUUCAUGCUGGAUGUCUCAAUGUUUUACUAGCCCAGCCCAGAGAGGACAAACUUCAUCCGUGUUGUAUUUUAAUCUUGAUUGAAGACUUCUCUUGACACAGAGGACAUUCAGGAAGCUACUGUAGAUUCUCCUUAGUCCUAAACAUGUGGCCUUUAAAAUCGAUUAUAUCUCCAUUCUUUAAAAUCCAUUACCUAUUGUUGUUGACUUCAGCCGGCCUACAUGCAGUGAGCUGCUGUCAUGUGGUUGAGAAACAUUAUUUCCUCCACUGUUUGGGUAAACAGCUGAUUGUUGACAAAGGACCAAGGACCUGUGGUUGUUAUGUUGUAACAUUGACGCAUGCAUAACGCUGUUGCCCGUUGGAAUUACUGUAAUAAGACUAUCACAGCCACUUGCUUCACCCUACAGGAUAACCUCCACUGAUGGCGGUGAUGGGAAAUGAGACGUGGCCCUCUUACGCCUCUCAUCAUAUGCUUCGUGGAGACCCCUUCGCAUCAAGACUCUCAAAAGAGGCGGAUAUCGCUGCGGCAGUUUACAUCAGCAUCAUAGGAAUCUUAUCAGCAACAGGAAAUGGCUACGUCAUUUAUAUGACCAUCAAGCGCAGGACCAAGUUAAAGCCUAUGGAGCUGAUGACGGUUAAUUUAGCAGUUUUUGAUUUUGGCAUUUCAGUUACCGGAAAGCCAUUUUUCAUUAUAUGUAGUUUGUACCAUCGCUGGUUGUUCGGCUGGGAAGGCUGUCAGAUCUAUGGCUGGGCGGGGUUCUUCUUUGGAUGCGGGAGCCUCAUCACAAUGACCAUGGUCAGCUUGGACCGCUACCUUAAAAUCUGUCACCUACAAUAUGGUAAAUGGCUGAAGCGCCAACACGCCUUCCUCUGUGUCAUAUUUGUAUGGGUGUAUGCGGGCUUCUGGGCCACCAUGCCGCUGGUGGGUUGGGGAAACUACGCCCCAGAGCCCUUUGGGACUUCAUGCACUUUGGACUGGUGGCUGGCACAGGCAUCCGUGUCUGGUCAGAGCUUUGUCUUGUCCAUCCUGUUCUUCUGUCUCGUCCUCCCCACGGGCGUCAUUGUCUUUUCUUAUGUCAUGAUCAUCUUCAAAGUCAAGUCUACUGCCAAGGAGAUGUCACACUUUGACGCCCGCAUCUCAAAUAGUCACAACCUGGAGAUGAAACUCACAAAGGUGGCGAUGCUGAUCUGUGCGGGCUUCUUGAUAGCCUGGAUCCCAUACGCGGUGGUAUCAGUGGUGUCCGCAUUUGGCGAGCCAGACACAGUGCCCAUAUCUGUCUCGGUCAUUCCCACCCUGCUGGCCAAGUCUUCGGCCAUGUACAACCCCAUCAUCUACCAGCUCGUGGACAUGAAAAAUUCCUGCACAAAAGUCUGUUCUCUGAAGAAACGCCUGCAUUUCAGAAGGUCAAGCAGGUUUUACACCAUCUCGGGCCCACUGAAGGAGCCGUCGCCUGCCAAAGAAGCUCAAAUCGAGAUAUGAUGCGGGAACUAAAGACAAAGAAAACAAACUUUUUGUAUGAACUGCACCUUUGUACAGAUUCCCUUGCUUCUUGACAUCUGUGCCCUGCACUUUCCCAGUCACAUGCUGCCUGUCACCUGCUACGGCCCAUCUGUCCACUGCAAUAGUGUUCCCGCAAUUUUCCGCUGUUCCCUGCCUCGGUGUCCUUUCAAAAGCAUCUCUCUUCGUAGCUAGUGCUGCGCCCGUCUAUGGAAUGUGCAGAAAAAUACAAGUUUACAUGUGAACUUUUCCACUUAUGUAAAACAUAAGCACAUGAAAAAUAGGUUUUUGAUUGUGUGACCACAAUGUUUAUUUUCCAACUCAGGUUAUUGUUCAAUGUUUCCAAGUUUUUGUUUCUUAACAUGUUGUUGUAAUGUAUUUUUGUGUCAAAAAAAAUUACAUAUCAAAAGAUAUGUACUUUUCAAACACAAUUGUUUAAUUUAUUUUACCGUCUUUUGGAGUUGACCGGUACAUUUAAAAUGAAAAAAAAAAAAAAAAACUUCCUGUGAGUUUGUCAGUUUUGUCAUAUGUUAAGAUGUUGUUUUCUUCAUUUUAGGAUUUGACUUGAGAUACAAAACCCUUUGUUAAGAAUAUUUAAAUCCUAUAACUGACUUUUUUCCCCCCUGAGACCAAUAUUUAGAGAUCUACGGGAAAAAAAAGAAACAAUCACAAAGAGAGUGGGUGAGUUUUAAUCUCUUUAUAUGUUUUAAAAAGAAAACAACUUACUUUUGAGAUUUGUUUGAACACAAAUUAGUAGUUUGUCUCCAGCCAAUAGUGUUACACCUGCACCAUGUUGUAAGAAGUCACUGAAGCAGAUGGGUGAAAAAGGAAAACUUAGUCUUGACCACUUUUACACCUUGGUGUUCCAGUAGUUCUUUUAUGUUCUUUCCUUCUUGAGUUGAGCUUUCAAUCUCUUUCAAACCUGAAUAAAAAACAACAACACUAUGGUGCUGUACCUGUAGUGUUUACAUGUAUUGUGUUUCAGUCCUGCAGUUGUACACCUGGUCUUAUCAUGGCUGAGGCCGAUGACUGACUGAUGG